CAGCCAGGAGAGCUCCUCCGGUGUAGAGCAGAGCCGCUAACCCCACACAGAGGGGCUUGUGAAUGGCCGGGGUGGCAGGCGUCAAGCCGGUUACCUAAUCGGAGACAGGGAGAGCCAGCGGGACAGGAGCGACCCUUUUCCAGUCCAGGGAUUACCAUUUCCAUACACUAUGAUGGAUAUCCCGUCGUCCAUGGCCCUGCCCAUCGUGGUGGUGGUGGUGGUGGUGGCAGGCAUCGUCUACAUCUAUAACGAGGUGAAACGCUUCAUGUCCAAAUCCACCGGGAAGAACAAAGUGGUCGUCAUCACGGAUGCAGUGUCCGUAAUGGGAACCGAGGUGGCCCGUACCCUCCACAAGGGGGGCGCCAGGCUGGUGCUGUGUGGGCCCAGCUGGGACAUGCUGGAGUCCCUACAGGACUCACUGUGUGCUGGAGCAGACCCCAAGGAGACCUUCACUCCUAAGCUGGUUCUGCUGGACCUGUGUGAUACGGCCAGCAUGCCUGACGCGGCGGCUGACAUCGUGGACUGCUACGGCUGCGUAGACGUCAUGAUCCUUAACAGCAGCAUGAAGAUCAAGGCCCCGGUCCAGAACCUCUCGCUGGAGAUGGACCGCAACAUCAUGGACAUGAACUACUUCUCACCCAUCACCCUCGUCAAAGGUGUGCUUCCCUCUAUGAUCUCCAGAAGAGGAGGCCACUUCCUGCUGGUCAACAGCAUCCAGGGAAGACUCUCAGUCCCCUUCCGCACCUCAUACGCUGCCUCCAAACAUGCCAUCCAGGCCUUCUUCGACUGCCUGCGUGCGGAGGUGGAGGAGUACGGCAUCGCCGUCAGCACCAUCAGCCACACCUUCAUCAAGUCCACCCAGCAGGAGGCCGACCUCCUCAGUGCCCACUCCUCUCUAGCCUCCUCCCCCACGCCCUCCCUUACGACCCCUGACGCCACAGCCGCUGAGGCCCCAGCUGAUGCAACUCCUCCUCCACCUCCAACUCCUCCAGCUCCUGCUCCAUCUUCGACUCCUGUGGUCCCCACCCUCUCCUCCUCUUCUCUCCUCUUCGUUGUUAUCGUCGUCACCACCGUGCUCAAAUCCAUCCUGUCCCACAUCAUCAGCUGGCUGAGUUCCGGUAUGACCCUCCCAGGAGCAACAAGAGGCUUUUGUUUCCGGCUGAGUCAUGGCGUGACCCCUCAGGACCUGGCUCAGGAGAUCGUUCGCACGGUGGACUGGCGUCGUCGCGAGGUGCUGCUGGCCCAUCCCAUCCCCCAAGUGGCGCUCUUUCUACGCCAGGUGCUGCCCAGCGCCUUCUUCUCCGUGGUGGCCGCCGGUGUCAAGGACGGAGCCAUGGCCGAACUCAUCAGGACAUGAGGAGAAGAGGAGGGGGGGGCUUUGUUAUGUCUUUAAUGUGCACUGCCUUACAAAGGCAAAGUGCAGUAACUACACAUAUUGACAAAAUUGAGCUUAGACUGAAAAUGGUCUCCAUAACACCUCUUUCAUCUUGUGGCAAAGCCUGAUGGUCCAAAUGUGCCCCGUUUUAGAGAUAUUGCUAUGUCAAAUUUGCAGUAACUACAGUAUCCAACCCAAUUCCAAGGCCUUGAGGGCAUUUUUCUCAGUUUCAAAGUUGAUGUUGUUACUGCACUUUCUCUUUGUCGGCAUGGGUGCAAUUUUAGUGGGAUGGAUUGGGGUGUAAUCAAAGAACUUUUGUGUGAAAGUUCUGUGACAGAAUGUUUGGUCAGCUAUAUAUACUGUAGCCUUACAGGAAGUAUUUUUGACAGCUGACUUUAAUCGCUUAAACCUAAAUCGCCUUCCCGCCAAAAUGGCGUCCAUGAGGCAGUGGGUGCAAUCCAUCAUCCCAACUCCCGGGAGUUUGGAUAACAGAGAGAGCCCAUCGCCUCUGUACUUCCUCAUUGCCAGAAGAUUUUUCAAUCAGCAUGCCAUACUCAUAAGGCUCUUUGGUAGAGAGGAGAAGGAUGUGGUGAAUGUGUAAGAAUAGUGUUGGUGGGUAGAGGUGCAAAUCAAAUCAAAUCAAAUCAUAUCCCAGCUUCUAAUCUGUUGUCAUGAAUUGUGUUUAAAAUGCACUUAACUUAUGAUUUGUGAGCAAUACUGUACUGUAAUCCUACAGUAAAGCGGAAACUUUUCUAAAGCAGUGCAACCUUUCUUUUGUUUUUUUUUCAUUUUUUUUAAUUUUAUUUUAUUAUGAAGUUUGGUUCAGAGAGGGUUUUUAAUCAAUGUGCCAAAUACCAAAACAAAUAUGGUCAUGUACAGGAAGUACAGGUGAUGAUUGGUGCGCUUGUUAGGAAUAACUAGUUUAGAAAGUGCUUGGGUCAAAUUGUGCAUGUAGAAGGUUUAUUUAUAUGUUUAUUUAGCCUAUUUAGAGUAUUUUGUGAUUUUGAAGGUAUGACAUUUGCACCUCUGAUGCUAACAACGGGAAAAAAGGAAAGCCUAAAUCAUGCUGUGUAGACCGAUGAAUGUAAGGACAACGUCUUGAUCUACAGUAUAUUUUGAAGGGAAUAAUUAUGCAGAUAGGGUCAUGUGUUGGAGAUAACAACUUGAUGAUUUUGGAUAGAUGUACAUGCUUUCAUGCUCAGGGCUUGGGGAUCACUGGACACAAGACAAACUAAAACUAGAAACUAAGCUCUAGCUCUUUAAAGGUCCCUGAGAUUAAGAUGUGUAUGUACCUAAUGCAAUGGCAUUGGGGGUCUUGUUGUAAUCCCACCUGUGACCGGCAGAUGGUGCCAGUUUCCUUAUUAUGUGUGACGACACAACAACAUGCUGAAUCACUGUUCACCGUCCACAGAGACAGGAGCAGUAGGCCUACUAUGACAGAAAACGUUGGCCUAUAUUUUUCUGCAAUAAAACAAAUCAGGUAGGCCUAAGUUCACCUUAACAACCAUUCUAUGAUGAGCAUUAUUAGGAGUGUGCGCGUUGUGGGUGUCAAAAUAAAAUUGUAGCCCAGUGCGGAAA